AUGUCGGAACCCAUUCCACCAACUCCUAAAACUAAAAAACCAUUUUACAGAUAUUUCAAAUUUUUAGCAACAUUAUUAUUGUUCUUAGUUCCACUAAUAUUUUCCAUAUCAAUGUCCAAAACAAAAGAACAACAACCACAGCAGCAUCAGCAAGUAUUUACGAAUAAGAACAUUGUAAACGAAGAUAUUGCACGUAUUGCUACUACUGAUGAUGCCCGUACCAUAUUGAAAUACUUUAUUCCAGAUGAACAAUCAGAAGGUGUAGGAGCCCGUGUAAGGAGAGCCAUAGGAACGAACGAAAUGCCUCGUUUCCCACCAUUCUUAAUGUUAGAUCAUUUCAAAGUAACUCCACCAGAACAAGGGUUUCCUGACCAUCCUCACCAUGGUCAAGAAACUAUCACAUACAUCUUAGAUGGGAUGAUUGCUCAUGAGGAUUUCACUGGGUCCAAAGGUGUAUUACGUCCUGGUGAUUUACAAUUCAUGACUGCUGGGAAAGGUAUUGUUCAUUCUGAAAUGCCUGUCUUGAUGAAAGAUGGGAGACCUGGGAUUGGACUACAAUUGUGGGUAGAUUUACCAAGAGAAUUGAAAAAUUGUGAACCAAGAUAUAGAAAUUUAAGGAAAAAUGAAAUACCUAUUGUUCAUACCGAUGAUGAGAAACAUAUGACCGUGAAAGUUAUUAGUGGGAAUGCAUAUGGUGUGGACUCUGUUAGAGACUUGGCUUAUACUCCAAUUCAUUUCUAUCAUUAUAUAUCUGAUAAGGCAGGUGUGGAAUUCAAGCAAAGUGUUCCUGAUGAUUUUAAUGUGUUUUUAUAUGUCAUGAAGGGAGCUGUAGUUAUCGAUGAUCAAAUUUUCAAGCAAAAUACGGCUGUUUUCUUCAAUGUUGAUGGUCAUUCCAUAAAGGGACAAUCUGCAACCAAUGAUACUGAGUUUGCCAUUAUUGGAGGUAAAAUCUUAGAUCAACCACUUGUUCAACAUGGCCCAUUCGUUGAAACUACUAGAGAAGAUUUAUACAAGGUUUUUGAGAAUUAUCAGCAAGGUAUAAAUGGUUUUGAAAGAGCUGUUAACUGGAGAUCUUCUAUUGCUGAUGGUAUAGACGAGGAUACUGCAAAUGCACUAUUAAAUUAA